GCAUAUUGAUUUCUAAAUGAACGAAUGAAACUGAAUAUUAAUCUUCAAUUUUCCCAGCAGCAUUGAACAAGCUCUCGCCUUCGGUUAACAAUGGCCAUACUAAACUCUAUAUCAUUGAGACUAACUUCACCAACAGCUACAUUCUCUCAAGAACAGCCAGCACCAAACCAGAGGCCGACCAAAGUCAUAUCCCCUAGGAAGAAGACACGCAAAUGGUCUACAGGUGUGGCUUCAAGCGACUAUGGCGGAUCACCCACUACCUCCAACCUUCGCAAGUACUGGGGUGGUGAAAAGGAGGACCCUUUAAUUUCUGAUGACUUCAUUUGGAACAAUGAAUUCGUUGAUAGAAUGAAGAAGCUAAUUCAGGACCCCGAUGCCGCUGCUGCUGAGGAUUCUUCACUUCAAUCCUCUCCUGAAGAGCCUUCGGGAUUCUUAAGCUUGAACCGAGUUAUGAGCCUUGCCAGUCUGGAAAUCGAUUUGAGCAAGGAACUGACAGCACCUUCAAAGCUUGUGUCACAACAGGCUGUUGAAUCUACAACUCAAGUCAGUGGCGGUGUGUCACGCAGAUGGAAAUUGGUACCGACACGGAGUGAACAAGAAAAGUGGGAUAAAGCAACAAAGGCUUCAACAGGUGGCAGUGAUGUGAUGUUCCAAGAACUGAGACGGCCUCAAGGAGACCCUGAACUACUGGCUGCUCAAUCGAGGGAACAGUACUUUAAGUUGAGAAAGAAGUUGCAAGUUCUCACCUUGGUUAUUGGCGGUGUAGGAUUAGUCUCAACUUACGUUUCUUACUCUCCUGAAGUUGCUGCUAGCUUUGGUGCUGGGUUGCUUGGUUCGUUGGCGUAUAUGCGUAUGCUUGGAACUAGUGUGGAUUCACUGGCAGAAGGAGCAAAAGGGAUUAUGAAGGGGGCAGUGGCACAGCCAAGGCUAUUAGUUCCUGUUGUAUUGGUCAUGAUCUAUAAUCGUUGGUGUAGGAUCCUUGUUCCAGAAUAUGGAUGCAUGCAGUUAGAAUUGAUCCCAAUGUUGGUGGGAUUCUUCACAUACAAGAUUGCAACUUUCUUUCAAACUAUAGAUGAUGCAGUUACUGUUGUUGGGGAAAAACAAAGGUUUAAUAAUAAAAACGAUUGAAGUAUCAGUCUUCGUAUUCUUUAUCGCUGUUCAUUGAAAAAUGCUUUGGAGAAGAUGACUAUAAUGCUUAUUCUUGUACAAUUUCUGUAAAUUGCUGUUCUUUUCCACACAUACGAAAAGUAUCAUUGAUUUAGGUAUCUAUUCUUUUCUUA